AUGCGUGAACAAGCUAAUGUCAAAUGUGAUGCGAACAUUAAGCAAGAAAUAGCUGUAUAUCUGAACAGAGUGAAUUCAUAUGUCCAAUCUUUUCAAACAAUGGGUGAUCUCUGUAGGAAUUCCAGUGAUGGAAAUGAAAAGAAAAUAUGCAUGCACAUCACUGUCAACGCGUCGUCUAAUCAACGACGGUACAAUGAUGCCACAAGUACAGAUGUUGCAGCAAUCUUUAGAUGCGUAGAUGGAGUACCUCCUGGGGAACGAAACCUGGUGGUGAUGUCAAAGUCAGGUGGCAUUCGCACAGUUUCUGCUUUAGACUCAUCGUUAGACCCAUUGGCUUAUACGCUACUGUUUCCCCAUGGUGAUCCUGGAUGGCAUAUUAAUAUUUCGCACACUGUUACAAAUAAUCAACGAAACAAAACAACAAUGAGACAGUAUGCUGCCUAUCGUCUUUCCAUCAGAGAAACUUUCAGUUUAUUGCAUCGUUCACAAAAACUGUAUCUUCAGUGGGUUGUGGAUAUGUAUGUUCGAAUUGAAGGCACACGCUUAAAUUUUAUCAGGCACAAUCAAAGUAAUUUGCGUGCAGAUAUGUAUUUAAAUGUAGCUGAUUACAUACACCAGCGUGCAGCUGAAAACAAUUUGAGAGUUGGGCGUCAAGUCAUUCUUCCCUCUUCUUUCAUCGGUUCUCCCCUUUAUAUGCAUCAAAACUAUUUAGAUGCAAUGUCCAUUGUUCAAAGGUUUGGCAAACCUUCCCUAUUCUUAACAAUGACAUGCAAUCCACGUUGGCCAGAGAUCAGUGAAAACUUAGCGCCACGGGAAUCCUCUCAUUAUCGACCAGAUAUUGUUGUGCGUGUAUUUCAUUGUAAGUUGAAAGAACUUCUGGCCUGCAUAGUAAAAAAACAAGUGUUUGGUAAAAUUGCUGCUUUGAUAUACACAAUCGAAUUUCGAAAACGUGGUCUGCCACAUGCCCACAUGUUAUUAACUCUUGAUGACCAUGAUAAAAUCAGAAGUGUGGCUGAUAUUGACAAAUUUGUUUCUGCUGAAAUUCCAGGCAAAAAUACUCAUCAUAAACUUUAUGAAAAAGUUGGGAAUUACAUGACUCAUGGUCCAUGUGGUGUACUUAAUCCUCAUUCUGUAUGCAUGGAGAAGGGAAAGUGCAAAAAAAAAACUUUCCAAAAGACUUUAAUGAAGCAACAAAUGAUAAUGUCAAUGGGUAUGCACUUUACAAGCGGCGAGAUGAUAGUCGAACUGUUGAGGUACGAGGCCACACUGUAG